GUCCAUUUAUCAGAUCAACUAAAAAAAAUGACCGAGUCUCAGUCAUUAAGAACAGCCACGAAGUGCUAUUUGGCUUCAGACCUUGGUGUAAAGGAAUAUAUUCCUUCCGCCAUUGAGGUGACAUAUACCCCCGAAGGUCAAUUGUUUCAAGGCAAGUCUGCUGUAGAAUUUGGCAUUGACCGAUCCAAGCAAGGGUCUAGUUUUACUGCAUUCUUUAGUGUAGUCUGUGUUGUCGCCGGCACAGGUGCACUUGGUUUACCUUAUGCUCUAAGACAAGGUGGUUGGAUUGGUCUCUUUAUCUUGUGUCUUAGCUGCAUUUUAUCGAUUUACACUGGUAUUAUACUGAUCAGGUCCAUGUAUUAUGAUGGGGAAAAGCGUCUAUCAUCAUAUCAAGAGGUAGCUACAGAAGCUUUCGGCCCAAUCGGUGGUUGGAUAGCCUUUUUCUUUACAGCCAUUACUUUAAUCGGUGUACCUGUGCUUUAUCUUUUGCUUUCUGGCUUAAACAUUCACAAUGUGGCCCAAGGCACAUCAGCAGAAUUAACUUUUCCUAUCUGGGUCAUUAUUUGCACUGCCAUCGUUGCUGUUCCAUUUUUGUUUUUUAAAUCAUUGAAUGAAGUUGCUUUACUAAGUUGCUUCGGUAUGCUAUCCACUGUAGCUGUAAUCCUGAUUGUCCUGGGUGUCUCUGUACGAGAAGCUUCUAAUCAAGUUGAUAUACAUCAUGACUCUGUUAUUUGGAAUAUGUUUCCAAUUGCCUUAAGCUCAAUUGUGUUUAGUUUUGGUGGUAAUCCAGUGUAUGCUCAUAUCGAGGCUGGUAUGCGUAGACGUAAAGACUGGAACAUGGUUGUUGCUGCAGGUCUGACAUUUUGUGUCAUUAUUUAUUUUCUUGUUACUGUACCUGGCUACUAUGUUUACGGCAUAACAGCUAAAUCACCUAUCUAUGGUUCACUUCCUUCAGGUGGCCCUAAAACAGCUUCUAUCAUUAUCAUUACUAUUCACUUGAUCUUGGCUACACCUAUCUUGCUUACUUCGUUUGCCCUAGACGUAGAAAAGAUGCUCAAGAUCAAUGCAGAACAUCGCUCGUUUGUAGUUGAGUGGGUCAUGCGACUCUUGUUUCGUGGUUCUUUAAUUGUGGUUAUUGCUGUAAUUGCUAUCUUUGUACCUUUCUUUGGUGACUUUAUGUCAUUAUUAGGUGCUUUCUCAAAUAGCGCCCUUGUUUUGAUCUUUCCAGUUUUGUUUUAUUACAAACUAACAGGUAUUCGAGGCAAGCCAUGGUAUGACUACAUAUUAGCCUUCUUGACACUUUUAUUGGGUAUUGUUGGGCUGAUUUUUGGUACAAUUUCAGCUAUUCAGGCGUUGAACAAUGACUUUAAAAAUAAUGCCUAGACAUUUCAUUACCUUUUCACAUUGUAAAAUAGAUUUCUUGCAUCAACACAAAUAAUAAAAACUGC